GUGUGGUUCCAAAACCGGAGGGCCAAAUGGAGAAAAAAGGAAAACACGAAGAAAGGUCCAGGAAGGCCAGCACAUAAUGCCCACCCUCAGACGUGUUCGGGAGAUCCUAUACCUCCAGAAGAGAUCGAAAAGAGGGAUCGUGACCGAAGAGAAAAGAAACUCAGAAAACAGCUAGAACGCCAAGCUAAACGGUUGCAACAGGCUAAAGUGAAGCCCGGUGUAAAUGUCGCUAGUCUUAGCGAGGCUAUCUACCAAACACUAAGUGAACUCCGACACAUCAAUGAUCGAAAAGAACCUCGAGACCUAGUAGGCGCAGAGACUUAUGUGCUUCUGGGCACGAUGGGCUUUGAUGUCGUGGAUGCCAUGAAUCGAUCCAGUAAGAGUCAGCAGUCACAGCAGCAGCAUAAUCACUGCAGCAACAGUGGCAGCAGUAGUCUGGGAGACGUUAAUGUUUGUUCCUUAGGUGACGACAACACCACCGAUGAAGAUGUUGCCGGCAACAACAACAGAAUCAGCGACUAUCAUCUCCACCACCGUCCUCAGCUGAUGGUCACUCAGAAAGUCAAUCCCUUCAGUAUUGAGAACAUCUUAGCUGAGGACAAAGUGGCCAGAAGUCGCCUUAUGGGAUCCUCAGCAGUCGGUCCUUAUGCAGUCACUCAACCGGUUGGUUUUCUGGUGAGAUCACAGCAUGAGGUGGGAAGUCCAAGUUCAUGCCAAUCCAGUGACGUCUCUCCAAGUGACUACAGUGCUCCAAGUAGCCCCGAUAGACCCACAACAGACUGUAAAAUUGGUGAUCCUGAGCAAUCCGAGUCUGAAUCUGAAGACGAUGGACCACCCGAGGGAGAAAUUGAACUCAGAUUACGACUGCAAGAAGGUGAAGACAGGAACGUUAUGGUCGUGCCAUGCAGUCCCCCACCCACUCACACCUCUGUAGUUAACGAUAAUAAUACUAACUUAAAGCACAAUAUUUCAACUGGUUCUAUGACACACAGGUUGUGAGAUUUAAUUGUAUUUUACGUUGGACGAAUACAUUCAUGUAUCAAUUAUGACCAAUCCCUCGGAUACAUGCUUUGUAUCCAAGACAGGCUGAAGAAUUAUUUCAUUUGGAAUAAUCAUUGAGCAUAUUUGUUUCACAUCUGACAUGUGAUUGGUUGAAAGACUGAUAAAAGAAAUUAAAGUUUCCGUGACUGGCAAAAAUAUGCAUUUCCACCAGAACUAAAUAAUUUCAAGUGUAAAUAAUAAGAAGAAUUAAUUGAAGAAGCGGAAAUACUUGUAUAGGUGCAUUUUUGUUCUUACAAAUGAUCUAGUUGAAUCAAAAUUGGGAAAAAAUUACAUACCAACAUUACAGUUAACGUAUGGAAUCUAGCUGAAAUGUUAACAUACUACUUACCAAAAUGUGAAAUAAUUGAACAAUAAGAUUGCAUAUUAAAUGUUAUUGCUUCGUAAUGAGAAAUUUGAAUAACAUAUUCAGAAAAAAGUAUUUUCGUUUUCUAAGGUAAAAUUCUGGUCAGUUAAAAAUGUAAAUCUGAAAUUCACUGACUAGCAUAUUAAAGUAAUAUUUCCAAAAAAGAUUACUUAAUUCUGUGCCUCUUCAAUAAACAAACUAUUAGAUUUGUAUAUAGGUUCUGAGUCAUAAUUUAUAUUAAAAAUAUCUUACGGUGCAAUCAUGAGAUUCACGACCAGCAAUGAAACCGGAAACGAGCCAUUUGACGAGGUUGAAAAAUGUGAAUUAUUUCCUACCACAUUCAUCAAGCCAAAAAUAUCUUCUUAAAAUUUAUUAUUUUAGGUUAUUCGAAAUUAAUUACAAGAAUUCGUAAGAUAUGCUUUUGAUGGACUUCUGUUUAAAUAUAUGUAUUUAUUAAAUAUAAAAUAAACAAAAAAAUUAUAACUGAAAUUAAUCAUCAGAAUUGACAAUGAUUAGUACCUCUUAGGAAUGUGUGUUUUCAUUCAAUGGACUUGUAAUUGAUUGUAUAAUAAAGUUAUAUAAUUGAAAGACCAUA